GACACCUUUGUGCUUUAUUGCUGCUGGUAAGCUCUGGCUUUCUGCCAUGUAGUCACUGAGCGUGGAGACGACUAGCCAUUUGAGGCUUGUGCUGUGUGGGAGGAAAGAAAGAAAGAAAUAUUUGAGAAUUUAACUCGGUGUAGUUUUGUAUAGUCUGCUGGUGACAGGUGAGAUAAACACUUGAAAGAUCAAUGUAGACUACUGUACAAUUUCAUAUUCUAAUGUUAUUGGGGAUUUUCCCCAUUAUGUUUCACAGUCGAAGUGAGGCAUAUUCUCAUAUAUACUCUAUAUUUGACGGUUAGAGACGUGGAUUGAAGAGUCAUAUUUAAGGUAUAUGAUUUUGACUGCAAAUAUUAAAAUAGGCUGUUUAGGAAUGACAUUCAUCACUAUUAUUUGUGACUACACUGUGACUUAAUCAGGUCAUUCAUUUUCUGAGGAACAACUGAGAAAUCACGGUGUCCUGCUGGGAACAAUGUGGAGCAAUAUGUUUGGAAAGCAUCGAUGUUUGUAUGUGGAAUGAUUGAGAGACGUGAAGAAUGCCCAAAGAUUUCCACUGCUCCCAUUGCUGCAGAAAUGCCCUGAGGCCGAGUCUGGACUGAAGCCAAGGUGAAAUGCAUUGAGGAUGAGUGCUGUCGGGGAAAACUCAUCUGACCCUGCCAGGUCAGAGGCUCAGAAGCGCAAGGAAUGUCCCUCCGACCUCCUGGGCCCAAGUCCCAAACGAAGCACUGAGAAACGUAAUCGGGAGCAUGAAAAUAAAUACAUAGAGGAGCUUGCCGAGCUGAUCUUCGCAAACUUUAAUGACAUUGACAACUUUAAUGUCAAGCCUGACAAAUGUGCAAUCCUGAAGGAAACCGUCAAACAGAUUCGUCAAAUUAAAGAACAAGAAAAAGCUGCUGCAGCCAAUGAGGAUGAAGUACAGAAGGCUGAUGUGUCGUCGACAGGCCAAAGUGUUAUUGACAAAGACGCCCUUGGACCAAUGAUGCUGGAGGCCUUAGAUGGGUUCUUCUUUGUGGUGAACAUGGAGGGGAACAUCGUGUUUGUGUCAGAGAAUGUGACACAGUACCUGCGGUAUAAUCAGGAAGAGCUGAUGAACACCAGUGUGUACAGCGUCCUGCAUGUGGGAGACCAUAAUGAAUUCGUCAAAAACCUCCUGCCCAAGUCACACGUGAACGGAGUGCAGUGGUCCAGCGAGAAUCCUCGGCGGAACAGCCACACCUUCAACUGCCGCAUGCUCGUGAAUCCUCACAGCGAGGCCGAAGAGAUGCAGGAUCAUGAGGCACAGCAGAAAUAUGAGACCAUGCAGUGUUUUGCUGUGUCUGAACCAAAGUCCAUCAAGGAGGAGGGAGAGGAUUUCCAGUCAUGUCUGAUCUGCGUAGCGCGGCGAGUACCCAUGAAAGAGAGACCCAUGCUCCCCACGCACGAGAGCUUCACCACCCGCCAAGACCUCCAAGGUAAGAUCACCUCGCUGGACACCAGUCUUUUACGAGCAUCUAUGAAGCCAGGCUGGGAAGAUUUGGUGAGGAGGUGCAUUCAACGCUUUCACCUGCAGAACGAUGGAGACAUGUCAUUUGCUAAGCGACAUCAGCAAGAAGUGUUAAGGCAUGGACAGGCCUUCAGUCCCAUCUACCGGUUUUCCUUGUCCGACGGGACCAUCGUCUCUGCUCACACCAAGAGCAAGCUGGUUCGCUCAUCUGCCACCAAUGAGCCGCAGCUCUACAUGUCCCUGCACAUCUUACAGAGGGAGCAGCCUGUCUGUGGCAUGAACCCAGAUCUUGGAGCUGCUCAGGCUAUGGGCAAACCCAUAAACCCUAUGAGCUCACCCAACACAGCUGGUUCCUCUGGGGGCCCCCAGGGGCAGGACGGCACUGUCAGUAGCAACACCUCCAUCUUCCCCUCCCCUGGUGGCCAGAAGGAGCCUGGUGCCAUCGGCCCCAUGCAGGGCCACCGUUUCGGUUGCCCAGGGACUAUGAGCUACUCUGCAACCAUGCAGGCGGCCACCCCUCAGGGCAGUGGCUAUCCACUGAAGCUGAGUAGCCCAUCUCAGGGCAGUCCGGGCAUGCUGUCUCCACGCCACCGCGCCAGUCCUGGACUGGCAGGCUCGCCCCGCUUGCCUCCGCCCCAGUUCUCUCCAGUGGGCAACCUGCAUUCACCUGUAAGCAUGUGUAAUAGCAGUACGGGUGGCAACGGUGGGGCAGGUGGUAACCAUGGUUACACAAGCAGUUCCCUUAAUGCCCUACAGGCGCUGAGCGAGUGCCACGGUGUGAGCCUCGGCCAAUCACUGGGCUCACCCGAUAGGAAGUUGGGGUCACCAGCUGGAGUGGGCGUCAAUCCUCACCUACUGAACAAAAUGGGAGCCUCUGAAUCAUUUGGAGAGCAGGGCCAAUCAGAGCCAGGCAUUGCAGGACAGGACAACGACAUUGAACAGCCAAAAGAUGAAAAGGGCAGCCUCGGCCAGUUUAACAACCUUGACGGUAGUGACCCGCAAAACCGUCUACGUGACAACAAAGGCCAUACUAAACUCUUACAGCUCCUCACCACUAAAACUGAGCCGAUCGAGUCCACCUCACCCCCUCUAGGGGCCGGCGGAGAUCCUGGCUGUAAGGACCCUGGGAAUGGUGGCAUGGGCCCACAAGCUGGAGCCGGAGCUGGGUCACAUGCUACCUCCCUAAAAGAGAAGCACAAGAUUCUUCAUAGACUUCUUCAGAACAGCUCGUCGCCCGUUGAUCUGGCCAAACUCACAGCCGAGGCCACGGGGAAGGAGCUUUGUCAGGAUUCUGCGGGUAGAGGGACAAAUGUGGCAGAUUUGGCCAUUAAACAGGAGCCCAUCAGCCCUAAGAAGAAGGACAACGCUUUGCUGCGCUACCUACUGGAUAAAGAUGAUAACGUACUCAGGGACAAAGGCAUCAAGAUGGAGCCUGGAGAGAUAAAGGUGGAGGGCGGUAAGAUGCCUGGAAUCAAAACUGAGAAAACCGAUGGCGGGUACGACCGAGCGGAGCCGUCGAGCGAGCUUGACGAUAUCCUGGAUGAUCUGCAGAACAGUCAGCCGGGUCUGUUCUCAGAGCCUCGGCCCGUUUCUCUGCCUGCUGCCGUGGACAAGCAGUCAAUCAUCAAUGACAUCCUGCAGAUGACCGGAGAGGGUGGAGCCACUGGCAUGGGCCCCCAGCAACAGAGAGCACUACAAGCUGUGGGCCAACAGAAUUUUGGUGGUCCACGGCCAGGUCAGCCGGGAAGAGCUCCGCCGGUGAGAAGUGUGUCUUUGGAUAUGAACAUGCCAGGUAAAGGUGCUCAGGGUCAGUACCCUUUGAUGAGGAACAACAGCCCCUACACACUCAUGCAGCAGCAAGGCAUCAUGGGAAACCACAGUAUCAUGCCUAAUCAGCCCAACAUGGUCAAUGCAGGAGUCAUGGAGAAUAAUGGUCCUCGUGUAGGUAUGCAGCAGGACAGUUGGGGUGCGCAGGGUCCUGGUCCCAUCAGUGGUGCGGCCUCGCCCGCCACAGCUGCUCCCACUGGCCAGCACUCUCUCCAGCAGGGGGCGCUUCAUGCUCGCUUGGUGCCCAACUCUGUCACAGGCAUACCCAUGAGACCCAACAGCCAACCUGGACCUAGACAGAUGCUUCAGUCCCAGAUGAUGCCAAAUGCCCAGUCAAACAUGGGCAUGGCUGGCCACCAGUUUCCCCAGCAACAGGCACCGCCCAAUCAGACAGCUCCAUGGCCAGACAGUGUACUGCCUAUAGAGCCGGUGCCAUUUGGGAACCAGAGCAGUUCCAUGUACAGCAGUCCUCAGGAGGAUGUUCUGUGUCCUGCAGCCACUGAGGGUCCGGCUGAUGAGGGGGCUCUCCUCAGCCAGCUCUACACUGUACUUAAAGAUUUCGACGGCCUGGAGGAGAUUGACCGUGCACUGGGCAUCCCUGCACUCGUACAGGCCCAGCCGGUGGAGCAGGAUCAGUUCCCUGGUCAGGACCCCGGCAUGAUGAUGGAUCAGAAGCCCCCCAUGUACAGCCAACAGCAGUAUGCCGCCUCUCAGGCCCACAUGCAGCAGGGUGGAUACUCGCCCAUGCAGGACCCUAACUUCCAUGGCAUGACGGGACAGAUUGGGCAGAGGCUGGGGCAUCCCAUGCUCCGCAUGCAGGCCAGACCAGGACUCAGGCCCACCGGUGUCGUACCCAACCAACCCAAUACACUCAGACUGCAGCUUCAGCACAGGCUACAAGCACAGCAGAAUAGGCAGCCUAUGAUGAAUCAGAUGACUGGAGUGUCAAGCAUGAACCUACCUCUAAGACCCAACGUCCCGAAUCAGGGGACAAUCAACGCUCAGAUGCUGGCCCAGCGGCAGAGAGAGCUGCUGAGUAAUCACUUACGCCAACGUCAGCUGGACCAACAGCGACAGCAGCAGCAGCAGCGCAGCAUGGUCAUGCGAGCCCAGGGCCUCAACAUGCCGCCCAACAUGGCCGCAGCAGGCAUGAACAACCCUCGGAUUCCUCAGGCCAACCCCCAGCAGUUCCCCUAUCCGCCCAACUACGGUACAGGACUGGCCUCGCCACCCCCCUCCACCAGCCCCUUCUCCCCCAGUUCCCCCAACCUCCCCACCCCCCAGCUCCUCUCCCACAGCGCCAUGCAUGGCUCUCAGAUGAGUCUAGCUAACCAGGGGAUGCUGGGCAGUCUGAGCGGACAGUUUGGGGCUGUUAUGAGCCCACAAAUGCAGCACAGUGCCUUUCAGUUCCCCAGCUCAGGUAUGAGUCAGCAGUCGGAUGGUGGGUUCGGUGGUGCCGCCACCCCUCAGAGCCCCCUGAUGUCUCCUAGGAUGGGCCACGCCCAGAGUCCCAUGAUGCAACAGGCGCAAGGCAACACUUCUUUCCAGUCCUCCCCUGAUAUGAAUGGCUGGACACAGGGCAACAUGAAUGCCAACAGUAUGUUCACUCAGCAGUCAUCAACUCAGUUUGGCCAGCAGGCCAACAACAACAUGUACAACGGUAACGGCAUGAACCUCAAUGUGUCCAUGCCCACCAACUCGAGCAACAUGGCCCAAAUGGGCAACCAGAUAAACAUGAGCUCUAUGAACUCUGGACCUGCGGGGGGGAUGUCCAACAUGGGCCCUGAACAGCAGAAGUAUUGUUGACCCUGGGCAGAUGACGUCCCAAUGCAGUAAACAGUGUAUGAAGACUUUUCAUGAGUGAUUUCCAGCUGCAGCGUGGUUAAAAAGAGUUUGUGGAGUGAUGCUGUGCUAUUUAAGCUGCUAUCAGGGGCGGGACGGGUCUUUAGAGGUCCUGCCCCCUACUGGACAUCUAUAGAGGAUGCAUCAGGGGAACUGGAGCUCAGAGGGGAUGGACUCUCUCUCACAAACACAUUCACACACUGACACGGAUCUUCUGGACCUUGAGCUACCCCCUCUCCCCCACCCUACCCAGUCAAGCACGGCCUUCUCUCUCAUACACGCACUGCAAGCCCUUUCUGUCAGUCUGACUUAGGUCUCCCCUGAAAAAGACUCAGUAACAGUGGCAUCGGAAUCCUUGUCUCCCAUGAAUGUAUUCCUCCCUCUUUUUCUCUCUCGAUUUCUUCUGGACUUCAGGCUGUUCUUAACAGACAUUCUUUAACCCACCCAUCUUCGGUCUAACUCCUUUCCUGACGUUCCAAAGUAGGCAAGGAGAAUGCAUUUGAAAUCUGUGUUCAAAAAUUCAGCCAUUUUGCCUUUUUUAUUUUAUUCUCUUUUGUUUCAGAGUACAAAUAAAGAUAGAAUGAUGUUGAAAUGUCUUCUACAUAGAUUAUGAGAGAUGACGGUUUGUAAAAUUAGACAUAAUUUAGAGGUUUAUUGUGUAGUAAAUUAAGUUUUAUUCUAAUGUAUAGUUUCUUUUUUAACAGUGUAGAUUUCUUUAAAAAGCGUCAAUGAGAGUGGUGAAAAAUCACUCAUAAGAAAUGGAUUUUAUUUUACUUGGUCCAGUAGUUUCAGAGAAAACGAUUUUUAAACGUGUUGUUAGAAAAUGAAAUGCUGGUAGAUUGUAAUUUGUAAUUGUUUCGUAUGAUAUUUAUUUUUUGAUUUUCAAUAUGUUUUCCCCCUCCUCCUCCUCCCCCCAAACUGUUUCAGAACAGUUCCUGAACUGUUUCAGGAACAAGAGCGGCGUUUCUUAAGCGUGUGUAUUCAUUUGAUGUGAAAAUGAGGAAGGCAGGGAGCAUGUGCUGUUUCUAAUGGUACUGAAGAGGGGGAGCUGGGGUGCAGUGGUCCUUCUUUUCCUGGGUGGGCUUUGGGAGGGUGCUGUGUGUACAGUGUACAGAUACUCGCUUGCUUCUAAGCCUUUAGCCAGGAGCCCCGCAGGAGGAACACAACACAGCCAUAAACUCAACACUGAAGCGUGCUUUCUUUGUUGUGUGGUGUCACAUGCUUCAUGCCAGAUGCUAGAUACAACCAGAAUCCGGUGUGUGUAAGAAAAGACAACAAGCAAUAAAUAUUACUUGAGAUUUUUUUCCCCCUUUGUUUUGUUUUGUAAUUUUUGUACAGGAUAUUUCAGGAGACACAUUUUUCCUCACCGGUUCAAACUCAGUAUUAAAGACGGACAAUUUUUUAAUGUGGGUUAUAUUUUGAGAAAAACAAGAAUUGAAAACAAGAUGUCCAAAUCUACAUGUUCCUCAGUGACAAGCAGGUUUUCAUAGUGGUGUAGCCAAAAAUAAAGCAGCAUUGAUGUUUUACGUGGCUAUUUUGACAUUCACACACAGUGUACCUCUGGGCCUCAAACGGAUUUGGCAACCUCGGGAUCAACAGUCAGGCUGUUUACUUGGACCCUCAAUUCACAUAUCUCCGGAUUGCAUCACUACAUACAUGUAAACUGUACGCUCUUGAAGCUGUAAUGUACGCAAAACAGUCAUUCAUGCAUUCUAUUUGAGAACAAAGCCAAAUUUCCUUGCCUUUUAACUGAUUGAUAGACUUACACAUACCAAUUUCAUUUUGUUCUUGUACCAUGUCUGCACACAGGUUGUAUCGGGGUUAGAUUGUCAGCCUUUCGCUUUCGCUGAAAAUAUCACCAUGUCAUCUCUGUUUUUAAGCUGGUUUAAGUAUAUAAUGUAUGUACCAGCAGAAAAUUAAAUUUGCAAUGACUCAGCUCUAUCAUUAUACGCUGAAGGUGCCGUGGUUGUGUACGUUGGUGUAGCUUUAGCUUUCACUUUUGAACACUGUAAAUACAAGUUUGAUUUCGCAUCAUUUGGGGUGAAGUGUUCACUCUGCCCACUGCUCAAAAGUUCCUGAAAGUUUCAGAAACACACUUGCCGUUUUAACAAAACUUGCCGAGUUAAAAAAAAAAAAACUUGAUUUAAUGAUUCAUAUUCUGUUUGAUGAAACAAAUUCUAUUUGGCACUCAUUUCACAAGCUUCUUUAAUCACAAUUUUGAUGAAUGUUGGAUGCCUUGGACAAGGACUGACAUCCAGAAACCAUAUUGGAGAAUAGCCAGUCGCACAUGUACCACUACCCUCUGCAAAGUCCAAAGAUUGUCAAGAUUUUGAACUUAAAUAUAAGCCAUGAUGUGAAGGUGGUGCAGAGUUUUUUUUAGUGCAAAAGAGCCAUUUGUCCUAAAAAAAUAAAAAAAAAAUAAAAAAAGAUAUAACUUGAAUUGUAACAGCUAUGAUUGAAUUUCCUAAAAUGAUUUGUCUUUACUUUUUGAUUUCUUUUUUCUGGGACUUUCAAUGUCUUUUUGUAUAGUCUGCCAAUUUCUUAGAGCUAAAUGCAAGAACCUUGAAAUGCUAAAACUUAGCAUAUUGCCUUAGAUCUGUUCUACUGUCUUGUAUAUUACAAAAGUCGUCUGUAUUAUAUUUGUAUAGUGAAUCAUUGACAGGAUCCACCUAAUUCAUUACUGCUUAUCCAUGUCUUUUGCUGGAUACCUUACAUAUUCCCCCUCUCUCCUCCUUGUUUCAAUAUUGCUCAUUUUCCAUGUUUAGUUUGUGAUCAGUUGUGGGUUUUAUUAUUUGUACAGUCAUGAUUUUACCCUCUCAGUUAUGUGUGAGAAUGAAGAUGAUGCAAUGGGAAAUCGAAGCAAUAUGUAAUUUAUAAGGACUUUUUUUUUGGAGGAAGCUUACAGUGUUGCGUGCUCCUGAGAUGUUUUUUUUUUUUUUUUUUUCUCAGUUGUGGUCACAUGAAACAUCCCUGUUCAUCCGCAUCGAUGUGUGUAAUCUUAGUGUGAGCCUUUUAUGCAAAGUUAGAUAUACCGAGAGAAAUUUAAAUACAGUUAUGCAAGUUGUCAACUAAUAUGGCUUUGCUGAUGCUAUUUGAUGUUGAAUCAAAUUGAAUUGUAAAUAAAGAAUUCUGUUAUUGCAACAUUUAAAAAUGA